UGCUUUUCAGAGGGAUUAGCCAAACUAAACAGAGGACUUUGCACAAAUUGGCAGGCAGAACUAUGCAUUGCCACCAUGACUUGCAAGUCACAUGAGCUGGACUUGCGGUCGGUAUUGCUGCAAUAAAACACUAUCUUUCAAACUGAUUGUCUUGAGUUUAAGUUACUACAGGAAAAUAAUCAAGUCACAAUAAAGAAUGAUUAACUAGAGACAUACUCUGAGACGUCUCCUCUCUGUCUCUCUGAGGUUAUAUAACCGUUUACUCAAAAUGCAGCCUGCACUUCCUGUAAAAUUAAAACACACACUCACCUCUUACCUCUUGACUCAACUAAAGCAUUUUAACAACAGACACCACCAGCUCUCCCAACAAGGCAGCUUGCAGUGCAGAGAGAGGCAAUGAGCAGCGGGGUGUGGUUUCCUACAGUCGGACUGCUGGCUUGGAUAUGUUGCCUCAGUCUGGAACCCGUUCAGGGAGGGAAGGUGCUGGUUAUGCCUGUGGAUGGAAGCCACUGGCUCAGUAUGAAGAUACUGGUGAAGGAACUCAGCCGCAGGGGCCAUGAGGUUACCGUUCUGGUGCCUGAAAGCAGCCUGUUGAUCAAAGCCUCUGACAGCUACAAGACUGAGAUCUACAACGUGCCGUAUACACAAGCUGAGCUGGAUGAAAAUUUUAAAAGAUUUGGGGAAAAUGUGUUCAUUAAGGCGCCAGGGAUCACAGAUCUGUUUGUCAAUGUGCAGCGUUUGCUGAAUUUUACCUCAGUUCAGGUGCUAAGUUGUGAUAAUUUACUGGACAACAAACUUUUAAUGGAACGACUGAGGGGAGAGGGAUUUGAUGUCAUGCUUACAGACCCCUUCCUUCCUUGCGGCUCUGUCCUGGCUAAACUCUUCUCAAUUCCAGCUGUUUAUUUCCUGCAUGGACUUCCAUGUCAGCUGGAUUUUAAAGCUAACCAAUGCCCGUCUCCUCCUUCCUACGUUCCUGUGCAACACUCUGGUAAUACAGACCACAUGACCUUCCCACAGAGAGUGAAAAACAUGAUGAUGUAUUUUGUGGAGUCCUAUAUGUGCAAAGUAACAUAUCAACAUUUUGAUGAUCUGACCAGCAGACGUUUUGGAAAAGGCAUGACUUAUACAGAACUAAUAAGCCAUGGAGCUAUCUGGCUUCUCAAAUAUGACUUUUUGUUUGAAUGGCCCAGACCUAUCUUACCCAAUAUGGUUUUAAUCGGUGGGAUCAACUGUGCAAAGAAAGCUCCUCUGCCAGCGGACUUGAAAGGGUUUGUGGAUGGCUCAGGAGAACAUGGCUUUAUUGUCUUUACGCUGGGUUCAAUGGUGCCUAACAUGCCUGAGGAGAAAGCUAAACACUUCUUUGAUGCAUUCCGGCAAAUUCCUCAGAGGGUUGUGUGGAGAUUCACUGGAGCUCUACCCAAAGAUGUACCCAAGAAUGUCAGAGUUAUGAAAUGGCUACCUCAGAACGAUCUCCUAGCCCACCCCAAUGCUAAAGUCUUCAUCACUCAUGGAGGUACCCAUGGUAUCUUUGAAAGUAUCUGUAAUGCUGUACCCAUGUUGAUGUUUCCACUUUUUGGGGACCAGAGAGACAAUGUAAAUCGUAUGGUGGCCCGUGGUGUGGCAGAGAAACUCAGUAUAUAUGAUAUGACAAAUGAAACACUGGUGGCUGCUCUUAGAAAAAUCAUCCAGGAUAAAAGUUACAAAGACCGAAUGAUGACAAUGUCCCAGACACAUCUAGACCUUCCAGUCCAGCCCGUGGACCUGGCUGUUUUCUGGACCGAGUUUGUCAUGAGACACAAAGGAGCCACACAUCUGAGGGUCGCUGCACAUGACUUGAACUGGAUUCAGUACCAUAGCCUGGAUGUCAUCGGCUUUUUAGUCUUUGUUAUAAUGACUGCUUUGUGGCUGACAAUGAGAUGUUGCUUAUUUUUUACACGCAAGUGUUUCAGAAAAGGCAAUGUCAAGAAAAAAUCUCAGUAAUGACUGUCAUCAUCAACUGUGAAGUUUUAGUGUAGUGUACAGUGUGUGUCUAUUGCAUAUGCUUGUAUGUAAAAUAUAAUUCAGUUCUACAUUCAGCUGAAACACUUUUUAAGAGAUGCUGGCAAAUAGUGUUUGCAGUCAUGAACCCCUGCUUCAAACAAAAACCCAAACAAAUAAAAUGUGUUAUGUUUUAUAAAUCAAUAGUCAUGUUUUUUUUGUGUAAUGUCAAAACAAGCUAAGAUAAGUUUCAGACAUAUGCACAGUCUUACUUUGAAAUCUUUGCAAUUUUUAGGCUCCUCUGAUUCUUGGAGGAGUUCAUUUUGUUUGAUAUGUACGUGUAAACAAAUCACAUGCAUGUUUUCACUCA